AUGAGGAAAGAGGUCCAGCGCAGGAUCGUGUCCAAAGACGGCCACAACAAGGUGCGGAUCGACAACGUGGAGGGCAUGGUCAAGCUCUACCUGCACGACAUCUGGACCACCGUGGUGGACAUGAAGUGGCGCUACAAGCUGACCCUGUUCGCCUCCACCUUCGUCAUGACCUGGUUCAUCUUCGGGGUUUUCUUUUACUUCAUCGGGAUGGGGAACGGGGACUUCGACGUGGAGCACAACUCCACCCACGUGCCCUGCCUGAUGAACGUGGAGACGCUGACCGGGGCCUUCCUCUUCUCCCUGGAGUCCCAGACCACCAUCGGCUACGGCUUCCGGUACAUCUCGGAGGAGUGCCCGCUGGCCAUCUUCACCCUGGUGGCCCAGCUGGUCAUCACGGGCCUGGCCGAGAUCUUCGUCACCGGCGCCUUUCUGGCCAAACUGGCCCGGCCCAAGAAGCGGGCGGAGACCAUCAAGUUCAGCAAGGAGGCGGUGAUCUGCCGGCACCAGGGCAGGCGCUGCCUGAUGGUCAGGGUGGCCAACAUGAGGAAGAGCCUGCUGAUCCAGUGCCAGCUGACCGGCAAGCUGCUCCGCUCCUACGUGACCGAGGAGGGCGAGAUGACCCAGAUCCACCAGAGCUCGGUGGACUUCUGCAUGGACUCCAGCGGCGAGUGCCCCUUCCUCAUCCUCCCGCUGACCUUCUACCACGUCAUCGACGAGCGCAGCCCGCUGGCCGGCCUGACCGCCGACAACCUGAAGACGCGCGACUUCGAGCUGCUCAUCACCCUCAACGCCACCAUGGAGUCCACGGCGGCCACCUGCCAGAGCCGCACCUCCUACGUGCCCCAGGAGGUCCUGUGGGGCUACGAGUUCAUGCCCGUGCUGUUCUGCACCACCGGCGGGCGCUACGUGGCCGACUUCAACUUUUUCGACAAAGUGCAAGUCUGCAACGACCCGGCCCUGAACGUGGAAAAGAAAUGA